ACCAUCUACACACACUAUCCACAUACACCAACAUCCACACUGACACACCAAUAUACAUACCCACACACCCACACACCCACACCCACCCAUACACUUGCUCACGCUAACAUCCAUGUGCAUGGUAGCACAUCCACACAAGAACAUCCAUACUUGUGCUCACACUGACACACCCACACACCCACAGAUGUGCUGGUGUAAAUAUUACACCUAUGCUGUGCCCAACCCCCAUGCAUACACACUCCCAUGCCUGUGUAAGCCUUCCGCCUGUCAUCUGUGUGUGCAAGGACAUUAACACAGACUUGUAUGCCAGGACCCUUACACACACUCUUGUGUGCACUCUCUCACACAUGGACUCGCCUGCCCACACCCACUCCACACACACAGACAGCACCCCAGUUGCCAUCUGAGAUGUGCUGACCUCUGUGGAGUGCAGAGGUCACAUAGGGGGUCACCAGGAAGGCUAUCGGAGGACAAUACAGGGCCACUGGAAGGUCAGCAAGUGGCCCUGGGUCAAGCUGGGACUUGAGCUACACUGGCCUGAUGCGUCUGCCUGGACUUUACCCACCAGACCUCCAGGGUCCUCAGGGCCCCCGCUGGCCUGGUCAGGUGCUCUGGGGCGCGGCCGUGUGCCAGCUCCACCUCCUCUGACGUGCUGGUUAAUAAGACGCCCACUGUGGGAGGGCACUGCUGGCCGCAUUAGGCCCACACCUCGGAGUGCCUCUCCUGUCCUCCUCUGUCCCUCAAGAGCAGUGCUGGCCAUGUCCCAGCUGGUGGAGUGUGUCCCCAACUUCUCAGAGGGGACUGACCAGGAGGUGAUCGGGGCCAUCUCCCAGGCCAUCUCGCAGACCCCAGGCUGUGUCCUGCUGGACGUGGACGCAGGCCUCUCCACCAACCGCACCGUCUACACCUUUGUCGGCAAGCCCGAGUGCGUGGUGGAAGGGGCUCUGAGUGCUGCCCGCACGGCCUCCCGGCUCAUCGACAUGAGCAGGCACCGAGGGGAGCACCCCCGCAUGGGCGCCCUGGAUGUCUGCCCCUUCAUCCCAGUGAGGGGCGUCACCAUGGACCAGUGUGUGCUGUGUGCCCAGGCCUUUGGCCAGCGGCUGGCAGAGGAGCUGAAGGUGCCAGUGUACCUCUAUGGUGAGGCAGCCCGGACAGCCAGCCGCAGAACCUUGCCGGCCAUCCGAGCUGGGGAGUACGAGGCCCUCCCUGAGAAGCUCAAGCAGGCCGAAUGGGAGCCUGACUUUGGCCCCAGCUGCUUUGUCCCCAGCUGGGGGGCCACCGUCACGGGUGCACGGAAGUUCCUCAUCGCAUUCAACAUCAACCUGCUCAGCACCAAGGAGCAGGCCCACCGCAUCGCCCUCAACCUGCGGGAGCAGGGCCGAGGGCAGCACCAGCCAGGGCGUCUGAGGAAGGUCCAAGGCAUCGGCUGGUACCUGGAGGAGAAGAAUCUGGCCCAGGUGUCCACGAACCUCCUGGACUUUGAGGUUACGGGGCUGCACACAGUCUUCGAGGAGACCUGCAGAGAAGCCCAGGAGCUGCGCCUCCCUGUGGUGGGCUCGCAGCUGGUGGGCCUGGUGCCUCUGAAGGCUCUGCUGGACGCGGCUGCCUUCUACUGUGACAAGGAGAACCUGUUUGUCCUGGAGGAGGAGCAACGCAUCAGGCUGGUGGUGAGCCGGCUGGGCCUGGACUCCCUGGCACCCUUCAACCCCUCAGAGAGGGUCAUUGAGUAUCUGGUCCCAGACCGGCUGGAGAAGAGCCUGUUGGACAUGUCCCUGCGUGCUUUCCUCCGUGAGGUGGGCGCCCGCUCAGCCACCCCUGGGGGCGGCUCCGUGGCAGCGGCCUCUGCAGCCAUGGGUGCAGCUCUGGCCUCCAUGGUGGGCCAGAUGACCUACGGUCGGCGUCAGUUUGAGCAGCUGGAUGCAGUGAUGCGGCGCCUGAUCCCGCCCUUCCAUGCAGCCCUGGCCCAGCUGACUUCACUGGUGGACGCGGAUGCCCAGGCCUUUGCCACCUACCUGGAGGCAAUGAAGCUGCCCAAGAACACUCCUGAGGACAGGGACAGGCGCACGGCGGCCCUGCAAGAGGGGCUGAGAGGUGCAGUUGCCGUGCCGCUGGCGCUGGCAGAAACAGUGUCACCGCUGUGGCCAGCGCUGCGAGAGCUGGCCCUGUGUGGGAACCUGGCCUGCCAGUCCGACCUUCAGGUGGCAGCCAAAGCCUUGGAGAUGGGUGUGUUUGGUGCGUACUUCAACGUGCUCAUCAACCUGAAGGACGUGAAGGACGAAGUGUUUAAGGACCAGGUCCGCCAGCGCGCUGCCAGCCUCCUGCAGGAAGCCAAGGCCCAGGCUGCACUGGUGCUGGAGAGCCUGGAGGCUCGGCAGGAGUGACCGCUGGUGGGCACGAGACGGCAGGAGACCUCCCUGGACGGCAUGGCCUUCAGCAGCCCUCCCUUCCUGAGGGACCCCAGCUCCUUGGGACAGAGUUCCACACGGCUCAUCCACGUGGGGUCAGGAAACAUGGGCAGAGGCGAGCAGUAGGGCCAGGGUUUGGGCAGGCCUGUCCUGGUCUCUUGUGAACCAGCAAACUGUCACUCUUGGUCACCUGUGGCCUCAAUAAAGUCUGAACUCCAAACCUA